AUGAGUAUGACGAAAUCGGUGGGCAUAAGAAAUACAAAGGUUAGCAGUGAUAUACCUAAUGAUCUUGCCUUUUUUAUUUUGUUAAAGUUGUCUAUUAAAUCUUUGAAGCGUUUUGAAUGUGUAUGCAAACCAUGGAUCCUUUUGCUUAAAAACCCUAUUUUCACGAGAUUGUUCUGUGAUAAUUUCUUAUAUGAUAACAAUUGUUAUUAUCAUGAUAAAUCUCUCUUUCUGCAUCAUAUUACGGCUAAUAAUUUCGAUUCGGAAUUUGUAAUGUAUUCUCAUUCUGGUGAUAGAUAUGAGAAUAUGAUCAAAUUAAAUUGGCCAAAUCCAUUUCAAGAAGAAGAUCCUGGUUUUGAUAUUUUGGGAUCUGGUAUUAUUAAUGGAAUUAUUUGUCUAAUCAGUUACUUUCAUCUAAGUAUGAAAUUUGUAUUGUGGAACCCGACUACUAAAGAAUUCAAGGUUAUUCCUAACAGCCCUUUUGAUUUUGUUAGAGAUAAACUUUAUUUUAAUGAGAAAGGUUUUGGCUAUGAUUGUAUUGGAGAUGACUAUAAGGUGAUUCGAGAAAUAGCAAUUGAUCUAGAAAGUGACUAUGACACGGAAAUUGUGUCAUUGGGAAAAAUAUCUCACAACCCCUUUUGGGAGAUAUAUAGUCUACGAAGUAACUCUUGGAAAAAACUUCAAUUUGAUAUAUGUCAUGAAUAUAUAAAUAAAGGAAUGUGUUUGGAUGGAGUGUGUCAUUAG